AUGUUUCACCAAGGUACCUUACAGAGUGGAAUUGCGCUUGCGAUACAACAGCAGAAGCUUGUCGCAUGCUUUGUCCGAGAUGACAGCGCAACGAGCAAGACGUGGGAAGACGAAUGGCUGAAGAGCGGCUGGCUCUCGAGUCUCCUUGUCCAGAAAGCCGUCCUCCUACGUAUCGAAGCGGGCUCCACCGAGGCCGGCUUUCUCGGAGCCUUCUGCAGCAUCGAGACCAUACCUGCACUCGUCGUCAUACAGAACGGUCAGCUCCAACUGCAGCUAAAGAGCGAUGUCACACAAAACGACUUCAUCAAUGCAUUGCGCAAGGUUCUCGGUGCGAAUCCGAUACCAGGCUCCGGCCCUGUGCAAGCAUCUACACCGCAGACGAGUACACCGAAUCCCCCUCCGCAAGCAGUCCCAGUAGCAGACGACGAUUUGUACGGACCACCAGAGCCCGCUGCGCCUGCAACCCCCACACCAUCAUCCACAGCCAAGGGCAAACAGAGGGCCACCACCGCCCCGGCCACGAAUGCCCCAACGCCCUCGAUGACUGCCGCACAGCAAGCCGCACGCGAUGCGCUACGAAAGAAGAAGCGAGAGGAAGCGGAAGAAUUGGCUCGUGUCAAAGCGCGCAUAGAACAGGAUCGGGCGGAGCGUAAAGCGCAAGCCGAAGCGCGGAAAGCUGAGCGGGAACAAGAACGCAGCACAGAAGCGCAGACUCAGACACAAUCGCGGACAACUACCUCAUCCAGAGGGUCGCAAGCAAAGACGGUCAACCUGCAGGUCAGACUGUUUGACGGACGCACCAUACGGUCCACGUUCCCCCGCACGGCAACACUCCAAAGCGAAGUCAGGAAAUGGGUGGAAGAGGAGUUUGCGAAGUUGCCGACCGAUGACCCGAACAUUAACAACAAGCAACUGCCACCUUUCUACUUCAGACACAUCCUUGCGCCGCAACCUAGCCGCGAACUGUCCGCCGGCGACGAAAGCCAGUCACUUGGUGAUAUCGACCUGGCACCUAGCGCGACAUUGGUCCUCGUGCCAGUCAAAGGGUACACAGAAGCAUACUCUGGGUCCGGAGGUGGAGUCGUCGGGAGUGCCACAGGCCUUGUUGGCGGUGCUUUCGGACUUUUGUCGAGUACAGUGGGCUAUGCCGGCAGCAUGUUAGGUUCUGUAAUGGGAUACGGUUCAACACCUGCAGCAGAGUCUCCAGCUGGGCAAACCACAGGGUCAAGAGAAGGGCAGACAUCGCAACAGCCUGCCAGCUCGGAAGGAGCGAGCAUACGGGUACGAACGCUGGCAGAUCAAAGAGCUAGAGAGCCGAACAACCAGCAGUUUUACAAUGGGAACACGCUUGAUUUCGAACCCAACAACGACGACAGUGAUAAGAGAAGAUGAACAACACCCACGAAGCAGUCUUUUCCUGCAGCCACGACUCUGUAUUACCAUCUUCCGGUUCGAGUGUUCUUCGAUUUAUUUACAGGGGAGAAAUGAUGUGGUUCUUCGAAGCAUCAAUGUUUUACUGAGCGUCAUGGAAGCGGCCAGAUAUAACGAGCAAUGAAAACAGCAAUGACUAUGGACAAACUCUAGUCCGGGAAUACAAACUACCGUAGCAAA